AUGCCGAUUGUCGUCGCUACUGUCAUCGGAUCCCGGCAGAAUAUACACGUGACCCACCGCCUUCUAAUUGAAUUUGCGGGAUCGCGAUCAUCUACAAGUCCGCGACGUUACUCCGCCAGACUACAGGAUCAAUUGUGCUACAGAUACCGGCUGCAAAUUCUUAUCCGCCGAUACUCCGGUAUCCUCCUAUAUCCACCGCAGUCCAUUCCACAUAUUCCAAGUCCGAUUCCACGGCUCCGGACAACCUCCAAUCCAUACCGUCGAAAGAACAACAUCCGAAUAUCAGAUCCCUCUCAAUCACAAUCCAACAUGUCCUACUUUCGCAUCACCCUCAUUCGCUCCGCAAUUGGACUCCCGCGCCGCUCAACAGACGUCCUCAAGGCGCUCGGCUUGAAGAAGCGUAUGGCAACAGUCUUCCACGCCGUCUCGCCCUCCGUCGCGGGUCAAAUCAUGAAAGUCAAGGAACUCGUCCAGGUCGAGGAGUGCCAGUACCGCCUUACAAAGCAGGAGGUGCAUCUUGAGCGCAAGCCCGAUCCCGGAUAUUAUACCGAAAAGAGCUGCAGUGAGCAGCGAAAUGAGCUCCGUUCGUGA